GACAUCAUUCUAUGUGCGGGAGUUUUUGGUUCCCCACAAAUUUUGAUGCUAUCGGGGAUAGGGCCAAGAUUUCACUUGGAGAACCUCAAAAUACCAGUGAUUCAGGAUUUGCCAGUGGGCGACAAUUUUGAAGAUCAGCCAGCCUACUACAAUCUGGAAUUUACGAGUAAUCACACUGAACCAAUAACCAGCCUACAGCAACUUGUCAAGGAUUACCUAAACAACUUUGGACCAUUUACGAACCCACUGAAUGCACAGGCUGUAGCAUUCCUUCAAACCAAGUACGCUGCCACGAAAAAUGUCCCGGAUAUUCAGGCUCUACUGGUUGCCUCUAAUAAUACAAACGACUUUUCGCAAGAGGUCUUCAACUACAAUCGAGAAACCUACAAGGCCACGUUAGAAAAGAACGAACCGAACAAAACUUUCUCGAUAUACCUCUACCUGUUGCAUCCAAAAUCACGAGGGUUCUUCCGAUUAAAUUCGAAAAACCCCUUCGAUUAUCCGCGCAUCGACCCCCGAUUGCUAUCGGAUCCAAACGACGAAGAUAUCGAAACGCUUUACCAAGGUAUCCAGUUGGCACAGAGGAUGGUGCGCACGGCCGCUUUUCAAAAGGUGGACGCCAAACUAAAGCACGAACCGCUACCAGCCUGCAAACGCUACGCGUACCUGACAAAAAAGUUCUGGUACUGUCAGCUAAGGCAGCUCACGACGAGCUCAUUUAACCCUGUCGGAACGUGUAAAAUGGGACCAAACCCCAAAGACUCGGUAGUCGACUCAGAUCUCAAUGUGCACGGAAUUCGGAACUUGAGAGUGGCAGACACAAGCGUCUUUCCAACGAGCAUCUCUGGACCACCAAGCAUCGCGGCGUCGAUGAUCGGGGAAAAAGUCGCAAGUUUCAUACGAAAUCCGGAAUUUAAAGGUUAUGGGGAAUUGAAGGAAAAACUUCAAAAUUUGGAGGAAAGGGUGAAGAGGAGUAGGCUCUUUGAGAGGUUGGUGUUGCAAGUACCCCAGAAAUAUACCUUUAGUGUGGACUAUGAUCGAAUUAUUUAA